UCCAGAGCCCAGUCAGUUUGGCGAUAUCCUGCUCUGUCAACAAGGCAGGCUGUCUCUGUCUUCUUCUCUGUGUGUUUCCCUAUGGAACUCCAGUUUUAUUAGUACUUUUUUGACCCGAAAGCGCUUCCUUUCUUUCCAUUUCCUUUGAUUUUGGGACUUCUGUUUCUUUUCCCUUUUCCCCCACCUGCUUGGAUUCUAACUGCCCUGCUCCUUUGCCUGGUUCACCUCUCUUUCGGUCAGCAUUCCACCCUCUCCUUCUCCCUUCCAUCUUUUUUCCCUCCUUUGUUCCUCUUCUCUUUUCUUUUGCGUCUGGCUAUGCACUAUGCUCUCCUCCCCUACUGUGAUUCUUCAGCCGUAUGGACUCCCCGUCUACCCUCAGACAGCCUCCUGCUACCCCAGCAUUGUACAGGGUACCCCCACCCAGGAGGGGGGUCCAACCAGUGGUGACCCCACCCUCCCCCAGGUGUAUGCCCCACCCCCAUCCUACCCUCCUCCUGGGCAGGGCCCUCCCGCACCUGCUGGCAGGCUCCCGCCCCUGGACUUCAGCCCCGCCCACCCCAGCGCAGACUAUCAGGAGCAUCACCAGCUCCGCGUGUUCCAGAGCUCCCAGCACGAGGUCCCAGACUCACUCUCAGCCAAUGGCGCGGAUGACUCCUUGGCUCCAGUCACCUCUGACCCUCAAUCUCUGAGUGUUUCCGUGUCAUCGGGGGGCGGAGCAGGAAGUGGGAGUGAUGAGGAGGGGUCUGGCAAAGCCCAGCCCAAACGGCUGCACGUCUCCAACAUCCCCUUCCGCUUCCGCGAUCCGGACCUGCGGCAGAUGUUUGGGCAAUUUGGCAAGAUCCUGGAUGUGGAGAUCAUCUUUAAUGAGAGAGGAUCUAAGGGCUUUGGGUUCGUGACCUUUGAGAGCGCUAUGGAGGCAGAUCGAGCACGGGAGAAACUCAACGGAACCAUUGUUGAGGGGAGGAAGAUCGAGGUGAACAACGCUACAGCCAGAGUUGUCACUAAGAAGCCCCAGACUCCAAUGGUGAAUGACAGGACAGUGGAGAGAAUGCCGGGGUGGGAACAGGAUAUGACCCAGGCUGGACUCGAACCGGGGUCCCCGUGGGCAUGUGGACCCGAUUAUGCCACAGGCUGGAAGAUCAACCCAGUGAUGGGAGCCAUGUAUGGGAUGGGAGGUCCUGAGCUCUACACAGUUGCCAGUUUCCCAUAUCCUGUGCCUACACCCACUUUGGCAUACAGAGGCCCCGCCUUACGGGGGCGUGGCCGAGCCGUCUACAACACCAUUCGCUCAGCCGCUGCAGCCACACCCACUGCUGUCCCAGGCUAUCCAGGUGUAGUGUAUCAGGACGGGCUGUAUGGAACCGAAGUUUAUGGAGGCUAUCCUGCUGCAGCAUACCGAGUAGCUCAAUCUGCCUCAGCCGCCACCACAGCAGCCUACAGUGAUGGGUAUGGACGUGUGUACGCCUCAACUACAGACCCCUAUCACCAUUCAGUUGGACCAACAGCAACGUAUGGAGUUGGAACCAUGGCAAGCUUGUACAGAGGAGGCUACAACCGUUUCACUCCCUACUGAGCACCAAGGCAGCCCCGCGUUUAGGCCUGCGUUUAUGUCGUGGCGCAACCAACAACAGGUGCUGAAAGUGUGUGCUGGAAAUGGCGGUGUAAUUUCCUCUGUAAACCCCUCCCCCCCCAAAAAAGACUCUAAUGUGACUGUACAUACUGUAGGGAAAUUGAAAAGUAUUUAUUCUAGUACCAAAGAAAGGGUGACAUUAUUUAUGACUAAGGAUAAUUAUUUAAAACAGAACUUUGGAAGAUCUGUGUUUGAUAGAGGCGCCCUAAAUACUCAAAUCCCUCCAUAACCCAUAGAUCAGCUGUUUGGCUCAGACUGAGGGUAAUGCUCUGCUCUACAGGCAUUUGGUAGACACAACUUUACAGGGGUUCAUUUUGUACAGUUUGUUUUUAAGACACAGUUCUCUCCUCCAAGAGCCAAACAGUAGGAUAAUGCAUUUUAUACAACCUUAAAAGAUCAAGUUAUUUUUGAUGAUUGUCUUUGUGACAUGUUUAGGGCACUGUUUGUGUGUUAUACGGGUGGGUUUGUUGUCGUGUGUGUGUGUGUGUGUGUGUGUGUGUUUGAGUGUGAAAUGACAAAGUGCUCAGAAAAUGACAAACUGUGAGAUACAGCAACUGCACAGGUGCAGAGGAAGUGCGUCAGACACACACCUCAGCCGAACUCUGUAAAUCUACCUCUGAUUUAAACUGUUGUUGUUCACACUUCAACAUAGUGCUGUUUUUACACUCCUCUUGUAUUUGUAGUUCAGCCAAGUAACAAGCUUUUAAAAAGAUGCUGAGAGGCUGUGGGUUCUUAUGUGCAAUAUUUUAAAUGGCUGUUUGGUGCCAAGCAAAUGUCACUAACUUUUCUCUUUGGUGUCAAGACUACUGCUAUCGUUUAUUUCUAUUUCUGUUUAUUUUCCUUUAAUUCUUUCUUUCCUUCUGUGUACCUCUUUCUGCUUUGUCAUACUUCAUCCCCCUUUUCUCCCCAAAUAGCAGUUUAAACAGGAACAGAUCAGGUUCAGUGGUGUGUUCCAAAUAGCAAUCAUUAUAAACAGCAAUCAUUCGGCAAUAUUUUCAAACAUGGUUUCGCUUGCUUUGAGUUUACUGCGACCAUUUACAAACAACACAAAUGAUCUGAAGAGAUAGUUCUUGGUGAACAAAUAUGGACGCCGGAUGAAGGUUUACAGUUUAAACCAAACAAUUUGAAAUCUUCACACACAAAUGUAAAGAAAUAUUUCAAAAGAAAUAUGAAAAUGUAAAGCAAAACACAUUUACCUCCAUUAUAUCAAAACUGAGCGCACCUCUGUUGGCCCUAUGGUAUGUCCAUGCUGGGUCAGCUGAACCUGUAUCUGUUCUGUAGUCAGCUGCUGUCUGGACACUGUACAUACUUCAAUGUCUUUGUGACUCUGCUGUUUAUUUCUCUCAAUAAAACCUUCUUUUGUCAUCCU